GGCCUGGUCUGAGCUUGGUAUGUUCUGCCAAGGAGCCCUGCUGACCAGAGGGGGCUGGGCACCCCCAGAGGUGAGCUGGAGGUCAGUAUGGCAUGACGUGUGGCUGCCAUGUGGGUGGCCCAGCAGGGACCCAGGGCCCACCAGCAAAUAACUCCCUAGAACCCUAGUGAGGGCAGAAGGGGAGCCAGCACGCCUAAUAGGACUGUUUGCUCUUAGGGCCCCUAGGAGACUAAUUUGGGAAACCUGUGUCAGGAACUCUUGUUCUCUCCUAAAAACAGGAAAGAUCUUGAGGGUGUCUCAGAACAGGAAGGACACAGAGAUACCAGCACCAGCAACCCCCAGCCCCAUACAUACACACAUAGCACAGAGCCGGCUGGGCACCGUGGACGCACCCCCAGGCCGCUGUGGCCCCAGCCCCGCCUGACAGGAUGAGCGGUUCAGAUGCGGGGCUGGAGGAGGAGCCAGAGCUCAGCAUCACCCUCACACUUCGGAUGCUAAUGCAUGGAAAGGAGGUUGGCAGCAUAAUUGGGAAGAAAGGAGAGACUGUAAAGCGAAUCCGGGAGCAGAGCAGUGCCCGGAUCACCAUCUCUGAGGGUUCCUGCCCCGAGCGCAUCACCACCAUCACUGGGUCCACAGCAGCCGUCUUCCAUGCAGUCUCCAUGAUCGCCUUCAAGCUGGAUGAGGACCUUUGUGCUGCUCCUGCAAAUGGUGGAAAUGUCUCCAGGCCUCCGGUGACCCUGCGCCUUGUCAUCCCUGCAAGCCAGUGUGGCUCACUGAUUGGGAAGGCUGGCACCAAGAUCAAGGAGAUUCGAGAGACCACGGGUGCCCAGGUGCAGGUGGCGGGAGACCUGCUCCCCAACUCUACAGAGCGUGCUGUCACUGUGUCCGGGGUACCUGAUGCCAUCAUCCUGUGUGUGCGCCAGAUCUGUGCUGUUAUCCUGGAGUCCCCACCCAAAGGAGCUACUAUCCCAUAUCAUCCAAGCCUCUCCUUAGGUACCGUCCUUCUCUCUGCCAACCAGGGCUUUUCUGUCCAGGGUCAGUAUGGGGCUGUGACCCCAGCUGAGGUCACCAAGCUCCAGCAGCUCUCGGGCCACGCAGUCCCCUUUGCCUCACCCAGCAUGGUGCCAGGACUGGAUCCUGGCACACAGACCAGCUCACAGGAGUUCUUGGUUCCCAACGAUCUGAUUGGCUGCGUGAUCGGGCGCCAGGGCAGCAAGAUCAGUGAGAUCCGGCAGAUGUCAGGGGCACAUAUCAAGAUCGGGAACCAAGCAGAGGGUGCUGGCGAGAGGCACGUGACCAUCACUGGUUCCCCUGUCUCCAUCGCCCUGGCCCAGUACCUCAUCACUGCCUGUCUAGAAACGGCCAAGUCUACCUCUGGGGGGACGCCCGGCUCGGCCCCCACAGACCUGCCUGCCCCCUUCUCGCCGCCCCUGACGGCCCUGCCCACAGCUCCCCCAGGCCUGCUGGGUACACCCUAUGCCAUCUCCCUCUCCAACUUCAUCGGCCUCAAGCCUGUGCCCUUCUUGGCUCUACCACCUGCCUCCCCAGGGCCGCCGCCGGGCUUGGCGGCCUACACUGCCAAGAUGGCAGCAGCCAAUGGGAGCAAGAAAGCUGAGCGGCAGAAAUUCUCCCCCUACUGAGGCCGGCUGAGGCACAGGCGCAGGGGCAGGCAGGACCACCGGUAGGGGCUGCCUCUGCACCCUAUCUGCCCAAGGAGACUCCACCCUGGGGUCCCAAACACCACUAAUGCCCAGACGCAUGGAUGCACCCCCUACCCGGCCCCGGUUUGUGGGAGUAACUCCUCUUAGAGUGGGAGCAGUUUCUGGCCCAGGGUCUGGGGAACUGCAGCAGCUCCAGGGUAGGGGGCUCCACCCCCUCUAGCUCUAUGCUUGGAUGCAGGGAGCAUCCUUAGUGCCCUCACUUCAAAGGGUCACUCAUGCACUCCCCAUCCCUUAGGGCUUCCCAGUCUCCUGCUCCACUGUGGGGAUCAGGGAGGAGGGCUGGGGGGUGGCUGGGGGCCAUGCUUCUCUCCCCACCUCCCUGCAGAUUCCUGCUGCUUCCACUGAUACCCUUUUGACUGGAAUGGACUGGCUGGGCUUGGCAGAGGGCAACCCAAAGAGGGGACCCUGCUGGGCAGCUGGGGGAGUGGUGUGGAGGCAGGGGCCGAGUUCUCAGCAGCAGACACUCUGUACAGUUUUUUCAAUCCCUGUUUUUGAAUAAAUAUUCUCAGAGACCA